AUGACAAAGCUUCUUUUAUUGAUUACGCUGUUCUUGGCAGCAACCGUGGCGAUGCCUUACUACGGGAAAGGAUACAAGCCUCUCGCACCUUUGGUCUCUUCUCCCGGUGCGGAAACUAUCCCUGACCAGUAUAUCGUGGUUUUCAAGAGUAGCGCUACUGCGGAGAGGAUUACUUGCCAUCACAACGACGUCAGAAGCAUGUUGGCCGAAGAGAACAGAAAAGUCAAACGCGGAUUCAUGUCUGAACUCAUAUCUGGCAUUAAACAUUAUUAUGACAUUGGAGACUUUCAAGGAUACUCGGGUAAAUUCUCGUAUGAUGUGCUGAACAAAAUCAGAGAGAGCGAUGAUGUUGCGUACGUUGAGAGAGACCAAAAAGUUUAUCCAACCGUCCUCCAGCGCAACGCUCCAUGGGGCCUAGCUCGUAUUUCUCAUCGUAAGCGCUUGGAAUCAGGCACAUUCACCCAAUACACGUACGACGACAGCGCAGGUGAAGGUGUCACUGCGUACGUGAUCGAUACUGGAGUUAACAUUAACCACGUCGAAUUCGGUGGCCGUGCUGAAUGGGGUACCACUAUUCCAAAUGAACCGGAUGAUGAUGAGGAAGGCCAUGGAACUCAUGUUGCCGGUACCAUUGCUGGUUCUACGUACGGUGUCGCGAAGAAAGCUAAGAUCGUCGCUGUCAAGGUUUUGGGUCCGAACGGUGGCACUACUAGCGAUGUGAUCAAAGGAAUAGAAUGGACUGUAAAUGCUCACAAGAGAGAAUCCUCCAAUAACGAUCCAUCAUUCAAGGGUUCAGUCGCUAACAUGAGUUUGGGAGGAAGUAACAGUGCAGCAUUAGAUGCUUCCGCUAAUGCAGCUGUCGAUGCUGGAGUCGUCCUGUCCGUAGCAGCAGGCAACGAUGCUGUCAGCGCUUGCACCUCAUCUCCAGCCUCGGCUGAAAAAGCAAUUACUGUCGCCGCUUCUACCAUUGAAGAUGCUCGUGCUUCAUUUUCGAAUUACGGUGAAUGUGUCGAUAUCUUUGCUCCCGGCAAAGAUAUCUUGUCAGCCUGGAUUGGUUCUGACACUGCCACCAACACAAUUUCUGGCACUUCUAUGGCGACGCCUCAUAUAACUGGUCUUUCAGCAUAUAUCCUCGGUCUGAGCUCAAGUCCUAUGACUCCACAGCAAGUUCUUGAAGUAAUGCUCACCACUGCCACACCGGAUGCUAUCAGCGACGUCGGACCAAAGAGUCCUAACCUUUUGGCAUUCAAUAACUAUAAUGCAAGCUUUCAUUUCUAA